AUGCCAAGACAGCAGAACAACAACCGCCAAAAGGGCCGAAAAGAACACAGGCAUGAUAAGAAACGGCCCACGGGAAUUCCCCGACGCGACAAGAAACCGGCCACACGCACCCGUCGAGCGGAUCGUCAACGAAAGGAAGAGCAGCAGUCGGUGAUCGGAAUGAUUCGGGAAGAAUUGCACCUACUGGAUUGGGAACGCGACUAUCAGGUGCAGGAACUGGAGGCAACGGGAAUGGUGACGGAUGCCUGGAGGCUCCAGGCACAACGUGACUUUUAUAAGCACCGGAAAGCCAUACGAGAAAAACGUCUGCAUCGGGCUUUGAUGCAAAACGUGCGUUGCAAUGAUGUGAAGGGAUGCCGGGAUGCUUUGGUUUCCUGCUUGGAACUCGUCAGACAAGGCCGAGCCAAGCCUGUGAAGAAGGGUCAGAUCACAUGCAUGGCUGGAUUGUCGUUGAUGCCACAAGCCAUUCAACAAAACAUUAUUUCCAUGAGGUUCCACGGGCUCCCGGACAAAAGCAGCCCCUUUGUACCAGGGGUCUACGUUCGCUGGUGUGGUUCGUCCUGCUUGUGUGUCCUUGUUUUGUAUCCUGGGAUGAAAGAAGCGACCUGGGGCUUUACAGAGUACUGGUGUGAGCCUCCGAGCGAGCGGCACCCCCGCCGUUUCUACUCUACCUGGGGUGAGAUUCUCCGCCAUGUCCAAGAGAAGCCAGGCCCAGUGCCAGCUCCUGAAUUGUUGGUAGACUUCGCGCUGGAUCGAAGGGCGGGCACAAUGCCUGUUCUUCCAAUUGAAGGAAGCAACAAUCUUUCAUUUGACUACGGGGGGAGGGUAUUUCGCGAGGAGUAUGCUCUGGUGGCUCCGUUCUAA